UUAUAGGUAGGCUCAAACUGAGGCCAAGGCCAACAUUUGACGGUGAGAGGGAGGCCUGGAAUGGGUUCACAUGACCUCAAAGAGAAGCUGAAAAAACUUGGGCAGGACCAUGUCUUAAAGUACUAUGACACCUUGACAGAAGAUCAGAGGAAGGACCUGGAGCAUCAAGUGUUGAGCUUGAAUUUGGAGAAGGUAGUGGCAAAGUUUCAUGCAACAAAUUCACAUGGAACAGCUCCAGAUAUUGAGAAGCGUAUGAAACCCCUGAGCACAAGGAUCCUCUCAUCUGUCAACUCCACUGGGAAACCUCAGAUUGAACUCUAUCGACGCAGAGGCCUAAGUGAGAUAGCAGAGGGACAUGUAGCUGUGUUACUGCUAGCUGGUGGGCAAGGAACUCGGCUGGGUGUUUCUUACCCAAAGGGGAUGUAUGAUGUUGGCCUACCUUCAAAGAAGACCCUUUAUCAAAUCCAAGCUGAAAGGAUUCGACGUCUUCAACUCAUAGCUGAAAGGCAAACGGGAAGGAAGCCAUCAAUACCCUGGUACAUCAUGACAAGUGAGCACACCAAACAGGCAACAGUGGACUACUUUGCUUCCCACAACUUCUUUGGGCUCAAGUCAGAUGACAUAAUAGUGUUUGAGCAAGGGAUGGUUCCCUGCUUCACAUUUGAUGGAAAAGUGAUAAUGGAGAGUCCAUGGCACAUUGCCAAAUCUCCUGAUGGAAAUGGUGGCUUGUACCGUGCAUUGAGAGAGCAGAAGAUUUUGACUGAUAUGCAUCGCAGGGGAGUUGCAUGCCUCCAUGUCUAUUGUGUUGACAAUCUUCUGGUCAAGGUGGCCGAUCCUGUAUUUCUGGGCUACUGCCUUAGUGAAGAAGCUGAUUGUGGGGCCAAAGUUGUCCCAAAGGCCUAUGCAAAUGAGCCUGUAGGUGUUGUCUGCGAUGUCGAUGGGAUCUUCCAAGUGGUGGAGUAUUCUGAAGUAUCGCCUGCAACAGCUGAAAUGAAGGAUGGUCAAGGGAAUCUUCUCUUUAGUGCUGGAAACAUCUGCAACCAUUUCUUCAGCCUGGAUUUCUUGCAGAAUGUUGCCAAUACUUGGGAAGAUGGACUACAAUUUCAUGUUGCAAAGAAGAAGAUCCCCACUUGGAAUGCAGAGACCUCAGAAACUGUGACACCAACAUCGCCUAAUGGAAUCAAGAUGGAGAAAUUUGUUUUUGAUGUCUUCCAGUUUGCCAAGAGGUUUAGGGUCUGGGAGGUUGAACGUGAAUCAGAAUUCAGUCCAGUGAAGAAUGCAGAUGGGCAGGCAAUUAAGGAUACUCCAAGUACAGCUCGUCGGAUGUUGUACAGCCUUCAUCAAAGUUACCUUAUCAAGGCUGGUGCUACCAUCCUCCCAUCAGAGAGGGGGUUGGUGUGUGAGAUCUCGCCCCUCGUGAGCUAUGCAGGAGAGAACUUGGAGAAGCUGGUUGGAGGCAGGACUCUCCAUUCUCCAGUCACACUUUUUGCACCUGAAGAGAAAGCAAACCAAAAUGGCACUGCUUGAGUCCCACUAUAUCUCUUUUCCAUAUUUCUAUUUGACAUUUAUUUUCAUGGGUGCAGCCUUUCUUCCCUCUCCCUUGAUUGGUGCAUGUCAGAUGAUUUUAUUGAAAUAUUGCCACUGGGAUGAUAGUUUCUUCUGAUUUUUUAAUUAUUAGUAGGAACUAUGGUUAGCCUUAUUUCAUGUCUCUGGGUGACCUGAUAGUUACCAUUCAUGUUACCAUGCUAUAAUACCCAUGAUUCAUAUCAUGCUCCCAUUGUGACAGUCUAUGGGCUGCUAUCUCUUUUAGUUACCAAAUGUCAGUGUUGACAAUGAUGAUCUCUGAUCUUUAUGAUUUAUAGACUUCCCAAGAUUUUCAAAGAAGUAAUCUUUAUGAUGUUUCAUGUCGUAUUACAGCGACACGGGGAAUAGGGGUAUUCUAUUCUCUAGGAGAAUUAUUUUACACAUUUCCUGAGCAUUGAUACCUUAUGGAAAUCACAUUUAUAAUGAUACUCAGUCAGUAUGGUGUUGUAUGAGAGUGGGUGAUGAUUUGAUUACAUGAUGAUGCGUGAUUGAGGAUUGUGAUUGAUAUUCUUUGCCAAUGCAAAAGUUGUCUUUCAGCACAUAGGAUUAGCAGGUUUGAGAAUUCUGUCAACAUCCCUUGGGAUGGUACCUGAGCCUUUGUGAUCAUCUUACAAUGCAGUCCAUUUAUGCUGCCACCUGUUUUUAUUUUAUCACAUGUCCUGUCUGUGUGCCCAAUUUGGUGGUGGGUUUGAAAUAAAGUCUAUUUUCAUCAUA